GGUAAGAGGGUUUCUAUUUAUACCAAUACCACCAUUGACAUAUAUCACUCUUUAAGAGAGAACACAAGAAGAACAUUCAAUGGAGGCUAAGACUAAGAUGUCUGAGGUGCUGCCGUUCAUAAUCAUGGUGAUUAUGGAAGGUUGGACCAUAGGACUCACUAUUUUCGCAAAAACUGCAAUAACUAAUGGAAUGAGCCCAUUUGUGUUCAUAGUUUAUACCAAUGCUUUGGCCACUAUACUACUGUUCCCUUCUUCCUUUUUAUCACACCAAGAGGACAGAAAGGAGCGGCCAACUUUUACUUUCUCUUUGUUCAUGCGAUUCUUGUUCCUUGGUUUUAUAGGGAUAACCAUGACUCAGAGCUUUUUAUUCCUGGGUCUAAGUUAUAGUUCCCCAAUACUUGUGUGUGCCAUGGGACACUUGAUUCCAACGUUUAACUUUCUUCUCUCUCUCAUUCUCAGGAAGGCAGAGUUGAAUUUAAGAAGCACAGGUAUCCAAGUCCAAAUAAUUGGUAUCGUGGUAUCAAUAAUGGGAGCAGUGUUAGCUGAAUUCUUCAAGGGACCACUUAUAAGACCCUCUUCUCACCACCUUAAACAAACGAAGCAACUUCUUGUCUUCUCCUCAACACCAGAGUUUUGGCUUCUUGGUGGCGCUUUGCUUGCUACAGCUUUUUUCUCACUUUCACUUUCCAACUUUAUCCAAAAAGAAACCAUCCAGCAAUAUCCAGAACCAAUGAAGUUGGUUUCUUAUUCCAGCUUAAUUGGAACGAUCCUCAGUGCAGUAGUGUCGUGUAUAGUCGAGAGAGACAUAAAUGCUUGGAAGAUAAAACGUAACAAGGAUCUUAUUCUCAUUGUUCUAACUGCACUAGUAGGAGGUGUGAUUCGUCCAAAUAUUCAAGUAUGGUUAACCAGAAUGAAGGGUCCACUUUAUGUAUCACUUUUCAAGCCCUUUGGUAUUGCCUUCGCCACUACUUUUGGACUUUGCUUCUUUUCUAAUAGUCUUCAUUAUGGAAGUGUGAUCGGAGCAAUUUUGCUUGGAAUGGGAUAUUAUACAGUGAUAUAUGGACAAAUCAAAGGAAAUGAAGAAGAGAGAAGCUCUGAAGAUAGCUCUGAAGAUAGCUCUGAUUCUUUGGACAAGAAGAUACCACUUCUGCAAGAAAAGAUGGAAGUGUAAAUAGAGUUAUUACUAUCAUACUCUUUCUCACUUUCGUGUGAAUAAAACUUCGAAACAUAUGGUUGAGAAAUUCACCUAUUUACCAGAACUUCCUCCAUAUCGUUUCAUAGAAGUUUCCAGUUAUAUAUGUAACAUGAAAUAUAUAAGUUGCGUGCAAAAAGAAAAAAGAAAAAGGUAGUGGAAUUGAAACCUUUACAAUAU